AUGUCAUACUACGGCGUCCACAAAGCAGAAAUCGACAUGCUCGUCUGCACGACGUGCAAAACUGAAGCAUUCGCCUGGCUAGCGGAGACGUUUCCAUGUCCUGUUUGUGGAGAAUUUAAGUUCGAAUCUCUAGUGUCUGCAGAUGAGAGACCAGCAGAGGAGGGAAAACGAAGUCCUAAGGUGGAUGAUGGCGAGAGACAGAGCAGAGGCGGGGACGGAAACAAUGUAACUGGGAAGAAACGGAAAAGGUCUUGCAGUGAUGACAUGAUGCCGGACAAGGAAUCUAAAGCACGCAUAGUGGGCUCAGAUCUUGGUGGUGGUGAAUGA